AUGUUUAGAUCGAUUAUCAGUGGUUCAAAAGCAACCUUUUUGAAUGGAGUUGUCAGUCGUCAAGUGAAGUUGGUGCGUAACUUCUAUAGCAAUCGUGAGUUGAUGGGAUUCAGCGAAGAACAAAUGCAACUCCAAGAGACCAUUCGUCAAUUUGCCCAAAACGAACUUGCACCGAUCGCCGCCGACGUCGAUAAGAACAACGCAUUCCCAAUGCACAUGUGGAAGAAAAUGGGUGAUUUAGGUCUUCUUGGUAUCACUGCUCCAUCUGAAUAUGGUGGAUUGGAUAUGGGAUACACUGCACAUUGCAUUGCCAUGGAGGAGUUGAGCAGAGCAUCGGCAUCGGUUGCUCUCAGCUAUGGUGCACACAGCAAUCUCUGUGUCAAUCAAAUCACAAGAAAUGGUAAUCAGAAGCAAAAGGAAAAGUACCUGCCAAAGUUGAUCUCUGGUGAUUUCGUUGGUGCUUUGGCCAUGUCCGAACCAAACGCCGGUUCCGAUGUCGUUUCAAUGAAGACCAGAGCCACCAAGACAAGUGGAGGAUGGGUUUUAAAUGGUACAAAGAUGUGGAUUACCAACGGUCCAGAUGCCGAUGUUUUAGUUGUCUACGCCAAGACAGAUAUCAAUGCAGGAUCGAAGGGUAUCACUGCCUUCCUGAUCGAGAAGGGAAUGAAAGGUUUCUCCACUGGACAGAAAUUGGAUAAGCUCGGUAUGAGAGGUUCAAACACUUGCGAAUUGAUCUUUGAAGACUGCUUCGUUCCAGAUGAAAAUGUAUUACAAGACGUCGGAAAGGGUGUAAAGGUUUUAAUGAGUGGACUCGAUUAUGAACGUUUAGUAUUAUCUGCUGGUCCAUUAGGAAUCUUUAUUAAUUCUUCACAUGUGAUUAGUAUUAUGCAAGCAUGUAUGGAUAAUGUUGUUCCAUAUUUACAUCAACGUGAACAAUUUGGAAAGAAGAUUGGUGAGUUCCAGUUGAUGCAAGGAAAGGUUGCAGAUAUGUAUACAAUUAUGAAUGCAAGUCGUUCCUACGUCUAUUCGGUUGCCAAGUCGGCCGACAAUGGUUACACCUCGAGAAAGGAUUGUGCCGCCGUCAUUCUCUACACCGCUGAGAAUGCCACUCAAUGUGCACUACAAGCCAUUCAGACACUCGGUGGUAACGGUUAUAUCAACGAGUUCCCAACCGGUCGUUUAUUGAGAGACGCCAAGCUAUACGAAAUCGGUGCAGGUACCAGCGAAAUCAGAAGAAUGUUGAUCGGUAGAGAAAUCUUUGCUGAAACUGAUUAA